CAUCUUUUGUAUCAUGUCUGCAAUCUCUGACCCUCUCUUGUAUCAUGUCCACAGUCUCUGACCAGCUCAUGUAACAUUUCUACAGUCUCUGGUCAGUACCUUGGGAGGUGUCCGCAGUCUCUGGUCAUCUCCUGUACUAUGUCCGCAGUCUCUGGUCAUCUCCUGUAUUGUGUACGCAGUCUCUGGUCAUCUCCUGUAGUAUGUCCGCAGUCUCUGGUCAUCUCCUGUACUAUGUCCGCAGUCUCUGGUCAUCUCCUGUAAUAUGUCCGCAGUCUCUGGUCAUCUCCUGUACUGUGUCUGCAGUCUCUGGUCAUCUCCUGUACUACUUCCGCAGUCUCUGGUCAUCUCCUGUACUUUGUUCGCAGUCUCCGGUCAUCUCCUGUACUGUGUCCGCAGUCUCUGGUCAUCUCCUGUACUAUGUCUGCAGUCUCUGGUCAUCUCCUGUACUGUGUCCACAGUCUCUGGUCAUCUCCUGAAGUAUGUCUGCAGUCUCUGGCCAUCUCCUGAAGUAUGUCCGCAGUCUCUGGUUAUCUCCUGU